AUGGUUGCUCACUGGCAUCAACAAAAACUCCUUGCUCUUACGCCUAAUACAAAGAUACAAGUCAUUCCUUGCCUACUUAAGGGCUAUGAAAUCUGUGCUGGACGUGCUACCCCGUCUUUACCGAUCGCCGACGGCGGCGUCGGCGGGGCGGCGGCGGUAGCAGCUCGGAGAAGCUCCCGGGGAUUCAGCGACAAGGGCCGAGUUCUUAGUGAGGAGGAGAUGGCCGCUGAAACGAUCUACAUUCAGAAAAUGGAGAAGGAGAAGUUGGAGAAGAUGAAGAGGAAGGCGGAGAAGGAGAAAGCUGAAGCAGAGAAGAAGAAAGCGGAAGCGGCGGAAAAGAUUACGAACAGGUCUCCUUUCUUCUAA